CUCUCUCCCUCACUCUCUCACACACACACAAACACCCUGACUCAUUCUUUUUCUCUCUUGAUCUCUCGUUCGUACAUUCGUUCAUUUAGUCGUCAACAUCUUAUUCCUUGAAUUACCCAUUUGUAAUCGAAACUCAUGACUCUGUAGUACCAUUUCGCUUCGAGAAUCCUUUGUGAUCGAUCAAAUUGUCAAAAAGAAGUUAAAGAAAACUAAGUCGUCAUGUAUUUAUCCUUGGUGUUGACGAAAUUAAACAGACUUGGACCAUGCGGAAGGAGAUUUGCCUCGUCUUCGACUGGAUUGAGAUUACCGGAACAAACCGGCAAUCGAGUGGAAUUGCGAAGGGAGUUGCAAACCUCGGAGAGACCACGACGAGCAACUACCUUCAACGAUCGCAGCCAGCUGAAAUAUGCUCGUAGGUUAGUCGUUAAACUCGGAAGCGCGGUGAUCACGAGAGAGGACGAACACGGACUGGCCCUUGGACGUUUAGCUUCCAUCGUCGAGCAAGUGGCCGAGUGCCAGAAUGAAGGUCGGGAAUGCAUCAUGGUGACUAGCGGUGCUGUUGCCUUUGGCAAACAGAAACUCACGCAAGAGUUGCUCAUGUCUCUGUCCAUGCGAGAAACGCUCAGUCCAGCCGACCAUACACGGGAACAUGCUGGAACUCUUUUGGAGCCUAGAGCGGCGGCAGCCGUGGGUCAAUCCGGGCUGAUGUCUCUCUACGAUGCCAUGUUUGCGCAAUACGGCGUUAAGCUAGCUCAGGUAUUGGUAACGAAACCUGACUUUUACAACGAGGAGACUAGAAAGAAUUUGUUCAGCACAUUGAGCGAAUUGAUCAGUCUGAACAUCGUACCGAUUAUCAAUACGAACGAUGCAGUCUCGCCCCCGCUUCACGUGGACGAGGAAGUCGCUGGUGGAAGUGGGAGAAGAGGAAUAUCCAUCAAAGACAACGACUCUUUGGCGGCGAUGUUGGCUGCCGAAGUUCAGGCCGAUCUGCUAAUUCUGAUGAGCGACGUCGAUGGUAUUUACAAUCUUCCUCCAUGGCAAGAUGGUGCCAAGAUGUUGCAUACCUUCAGUUCGGACUUGAGGGGUACCAUAAAGUUUGGUCAAAAGUCUAAAGUCGGUACAGGCGGUAUGGAUUCUAAAGUAAACGCUGCUCUUUGGGCUCUGGAUCGCGGAGUUUCGGUAGUUAUCUGCAACGGCACUCAGGAAAAGGCCAUCAAGAGUAUCAUGUCGGGUAGGAAAAUCGGAACGUUCUUCGCAGAGACCACCGGCUCGUCGACACCGGUCGAGGUCGUCGCGGAAAAUGCACGCGUCGCUAGCAGAGUAUUGCAAGCUCUUAAAGCGGAGGAACGAGCGAAUUGCAUCAACGUUUUAGCAGAUUUAUUGGAAACCCGACAGAAAGAAAUCCUCGAGGCAAACGCCAAGGACUUGGAAGUUGCGACCAAGACCGGUCUCGCGAAAGCUCUGCUCUCGAGAUUGUCUCUUACGCCUGGUAAAUUGAAAUCUUUGAGCUCCGGUCUACGACAAAUAGCGGAAGACUCUUUGAAAAACGUUGGCCGCGUCGUGAGAAGAACGAAAUUGGCGGAAGGACUUGAACUUAAGCAAAUAACCGUACCGAUUGGCGUACUUCUCGUCAUAUUCGAGUCGAGACCUGACAGCUUGCCGCAGGUAGCAGCUCUAGCUAUGUCCACUGCGAACGGUCUCCUCCUGAAGGGAGGAAAAGAAGCUGCCUACAGUAACAAGUAUCUCAUCGAAUUGGUGAAGGAAGCACUGAGUACAGUGGGUGCCUCUAACGCGAUUUCUCUCGUCUCGACCAGAGAAGACGUAGGCGACCUAUUGUCGAUGGAAAAACACAUAGAUCUAAUCAUUCCUCGCGGUAGUUCGGAUCUUGUACGUACCAUCCAAGAACAGUCGAAGCAUAUACCGGUACUAGGCCACGCCGAGGGUAUCUGUCACGUUUACGUCGAUAAUCAGGCAAAUCUUGGUAAGGCGCUUAAAAUCAUCAGAGACUCCAAAUGCGAUUAUCCGGCAGCUUGCAACGCCAUGGAAACUUUGCUUAUUCACGAAACGCAUAUGAGCGGAUCCUUCUUUACGGAUGUUUGCAACAUGUUACAAAAAGAGGGAGUGAAAAUCUACUCCGGGCCAAGGUUGAGAGAGUUACUGACGUUUGGACCACCUGCUGCUAAAAGUAUGAGAACCGAGUACGGUUCUCUCGAGUGCACCAUCGAGGUCGUCUCCGAUGUCGAAGAUGCUGUAACUCAUAUCUACAAGUACGGGAGCGCGCAUACGGACGUCAUCGUUACGGAGGACAUAGAAAAAGCGGCUUACUUUCAAAGAGAGGUCGAUAGCGCUUGCGUUUUCCAUAACGCAAGCACCAGAUUUGCCGAUGGUUAUAGAUUUGGUCUUGGUGCUGAGGUCGGCAUUUCUACGGCUCGGAUUCACGCACGCGGCCCGGUAGGAGUAGAUGGUCUUUUAACGACCAAAUGGAUUUUGCACGGAGACGGACACGCUGCAGCAGACUUCGCUGAAGGCGGUAGCAUGAGUUGGUUGCAUCAAACUAUGCCUUUGAACGACUCCCAAUGAAUCGAACACGGCAAAACAAGAGAUCUUUUCUAUUACGAUCAUAUAUUUAUGAUUCAUAUACAAGCAUUUAAACAAAAAGUUUAUUUCAAGAUUAUUCAAGGAUCGUUCCUUAACGUAUACGCGCGCGCACGCGCGGUAAACAAAAGAAAAACUGAACGAAGGAUUUUUAUUAAAGGAAGGCAAAAUGAUAAGGAGUUAUUCAAAAGGAAAAGCCAAUCAAUGCUACAAUAAGUGUCCUCUUAUAUUAAAUAAUAAUCUUUGUCUCUCUC